UUCUAGAGUAGAUGAUGUGAAUGUAUGAUGAGGGUGUCGUAAAUCUUUUCUCUCCAACUACUGUCAAACGUAAACAUUUUGCAUAAUUUAUUGAAUCCUCAUUUCCCUCCCUCUUUCUGGAGUCGUCUCAGUUGGGUUCUCCGAUCUGAAGAAAUAUAAUUCCUGAUUAUUCAAAUAUUUGAAGGGAAGAUGUCUAGUUACACAACCGCUUUGAAUGAAAACAAUAUGAGGUCUAGUAGUGAAAAUUUCGUUACUGCCAUAGUGCCAUUGAUGAAACUUCUCUGCCUUACAAUUAUAGGAUUGAUUCUUGCACACCCAAAAACCCAAAUCAUCCCCAGAGCAACAUUUAAGCUCCUAAGCAAGCUAGUUUUUACCCUGUUCUUGCCCUGCCUAAUCUUUACGGAGCUUGGUGAAAGCAUUACACUUGAAAACUUUGCUCUUUGGUGGUUUAUUCCUGUUAAUGUACUGAUCAGUACAAUCAUUGGUUUCUUUCUUGGGCUAUUAGUUGUGGCUAUAUGUCACCCUCCACCGCAGUUAAACGGAUUCACCAUUAUCAUGACUGCCUUUGGAAACACUGGAAAUCUUCCUCUAGCAAUUGUUGGAUCCGUAUGUCAUACAAAAGAUAACCCAUUUGGAGCUCAUUGCCACUCAAGGGGAGUAGCUUAUGUUUCCUUUUCCCAGUGGGUUGCUGUAAUUAUGGUUUACACACUUGUUUAUCACAUGAUGGAGCCACCAUUGCAGUAUUAUGAGAUUGUUGAGGAAGGGUUUGAGAUUGAGGGGCAACAGCCAACCACUGAUGUCAGUAGACCUCUUCUUGUAGAAGCAGAAUGGCCUGGCAUUGAGGAUAAAGAGACUGAACAUGCCAAAACUCCUUUCAUUGCUAGGAUUUUUAAUAGCAUCUCAAGCCUUUCACAGACCAAUUUUCCUGACGUUGAGCUCUCUGGAGAUAGUUCAGCAAACAGUCCCCGGUCCAUAAGGUGUUUGGAUGAGCCAAGGGUUCUGAGGAGAAUACGAAUUGUGGCAGAGCAAACACCUUUAUGUCAAAUACUUCAACCUCCAACAAUUGCUUCUUUAUUAGCUAUCAUUAUAGGGACGGUGCCUCAGCUAAAAGCUUUUGUCUUUGGAUAUGAUGCUCCAUUAUCUUUUAUCACUGAGAGUUUAGAGAUUUUAGCUGGUGCUAUGGUCCCUUCUGUGAUGCUUGUUCUUGGGGGCAUGCUUGCUGAGGGACCAAACGAGUCUAUGCUUGGUCUUCCAACCACAAUUGGUAUAUCUGUAGCUAGGCUUUUUGUGCUUCCCCUGCUGGGAAUUGGUGUUGUAGCAUUGGCUGAUAAGCUGAAUUUUCUCGUACAAGGGGAUGCAAUGUACAGAUUUGUGCUCUUGUUGCAGUACACAACACCAAGUGCCAUUUUAUUGGGAGCAAUUGCCAGCCUGAGGGGUUAUGCAGUGAAGGAGGCUUCUGCACUUCUCUUCUGGCAGCAUGGCUUUGCUCUAUGCUCCCUUUCCUUGUAUACUGUUAUCUACUUCAAAUUGCUCUCUUACAUUUGAAGUAUCCUAUAUUCUUUCCGUCUCAAAGUGUUUUUCGAGGAGUUGGUUGGCAUCCAUCAGGUUCUCAUUGGAGUAUAUCCCUUUUAAGUACUAUGGAUUUAUGCAUUUGCUCUC